UUAAAACUAGCAAUAACCUCAAACCUCACAAAUGUGUUUUUAUAAUUGCGUAAAAAAACAGUUGAAAACAGUGUUAAAAUGGGAAAAUUGAACGUAACAAUAAUGCGUUACCUCACCGGUGAGGAUUUCCGGGUCUUAACAGCGAUUGAAAUGGGCAUGAAAAACCACGAACUAGUCCCGGGCCCCAUGGCUGCGUCCAUUGCGAAUUUGCAACACGGUGGUGUUCAUAAACUACUGCGUGAUUUGUGCAAACACGGGUUAUUGAGUUACGAGCGGGGGCGCAAAUACGAUGGUUACCGUUUGACUAACAUGGGGUACGACUAUUUGGCCCUCCAUUCGUUAACAAAACGCGACGUGAUUGGGUCUUUCGGGAACCAGAUCGGCGUGGGGAAGGAAAGUAACAUUUACAUUGUUGCGAAUCCUGAAGGAGAGGAAGUUUGUCUAAAGUUGCACAGAUUGGGGCGCGUGUGUUUCCGGAAUGUCACCAACAAACGAGAUUAUCAUAAGCAUAGGAAAUCGGCGUCUUGGUUGUAUUUAUCACGGAUUUCGGCCACCAAGGAGUUUGCUUACAUGAAGGCGUUGUAUGACAGAAAAUUUCCAGUCCCUAAACCAAUUGAUUUUAACAGACAUUGUGUCAUAAUGGAGUUGGUCAAGGGACGGCCUCUGUGUCAUGUAAUGGAAUUAAAUGAUGUUGAAGCACUUUACGAUGAAUUAAUGAAUUUGAUUGUUAAAUUUGCCGACAGUGGAGUGAUUCAUGGUGAUUUCAAUGAGUUUAACAUAAUGAUAACAGAUGAUGAGAAACCUGUAAUCAUUGAUUUUCCUCAGAUGAUGUCAACAGCUCAUGAAAAUGCCGAAAUGUACUUUAAUAGGGACGUCAAUUGCAUAAAAACUUUCUUCAAGAAACGAUUCGGUUACGAGAGUGAAUUGUACCCCAAAUUCAGCGAUAUUGAAAGAACUGAUGCUUUAGACGCUGAAGUUUUAUGUUCAGGGUUUACAAAAGAAAUGGCCAAGGAUAUAAACCGCGAAUUGGGUAUUGAUGAAGAAAUAGAAAGUGAAGAGGAAGAUAAGGAACAAAACAGUGAAGAAAUCCGCUCUGUUGAUUCAAUUUUUGAUCAAAUGAAACUCCAAGACCAAGAUUUUUACAAAAACGACUCAGAUGUGGAAUCUAACGAUUCUUUUGAUAGGUUUGAAAGUGGAAGUGUGAGAUCUUGCGCAACGACAAUUCAUCCAGAUGAAAUAAAAAGUCGUGUUAAAAAACAAUUGGUAAAUAGGGAAAAGAAAACGCAGAGGAAGAAAUGUGUGGCUAAGGGCGAAGCCAGCGCCACCACAAGGGUCAGAAGGGAAAAUAAUGACACCAUUAGACAGAGCAAGGGGUUGUGGGGGUGGGAAUGAAAUGCAGAGUUGUAUUCUUAUUUUUAUUUAAUAAAAGUUUGUCUAUUACAAG